GCAACGUCCAAAAUGUGCUACAUGUAGGUGAUUAUGAUUUGUGACUAGGAUUCGUGAUUACGACUCGGCCUGCUUGUUUGGGUGGCAACCAGCUUGGAACCGGGUUCAUCCCUCUUAUCAAGAAGAACAUUCCUAUCAAAUGUGAUUGCUUUGGUUUCACAGCGUUUUAUCAACUAUUUGCAGUCCUAUCGAAGGUCUGUCGUGGUAGGCUAAGAUACGUUGCCCUGCGCUCCGCGGCAUAGAGGAACCUUCCUCGACCAACUCUGGUUGGUCAUUCACCUUGGCAAUCUUCAGCUGAGCCGUUGUCUCUUGCAUAGAGCCGCGCCUUCCCCUUUGCCGUUCGCCACCAAAAAGCAGUCGACCAAACUAUAAAGCAUACGCACCACGGAUUAGGAAUAUGACUUUGAACUCGAGUCCUCCUUCUUCAGCCCAGGAGUCCGUUUCUGCUGAUCCUGAUAUGACUAUACAACGUCCUUCUAGGGCCUCGACGAACCUCGCCCCCAAUGCCAGAACAGUCAAUGGUUCAGGGUCUGCAGUGGCUUACACAGUCUCCGACAAGCCUCUAGGCGCCACAAAGCAUGUGAAGAUAGUCGGCAUCGGUGCGGGCGCAAGUGGCAUCAACUUGAUCAGAACUCUACGGAGGAGCCUUACCGACUAUGACUUUGUCAUCUACGAAAAGAACGAUGGCGUCGGCGGAACUUGGCACGAGAACAGAUAUCCAGGCUGCAGGUGUGAUAUACCCAGUCACAACUACCAAUUCUCGUGGAGAUCAAAUCCAGACUGGUCGAAUUUCCAUUCCCCGGCAGAAGAAAUCCGGCAGUACCUUUGCCGCGUGUGCGAGGAGGAGAACAUGCUGGAUUCAAUCAAGCUCCGACAUCAGGUUACGGGGGCAUGGUGGGAUGAGGUCCGCGGUGUCUGGGAUUUGAACAUCAAAGACCUUUCGACAAGCGAGGAAUUCCACGAUCAGGCCGAGUUUAUCAUUGACGCUUCCGGGAUACUAAACAACUGGAAGUGGCCAGAUGUUCCUGAUCUUCAUGCUUUCAGAGGAGAUCUAAUACACACAGCUAACUGGCCAAAAGACUUCGACUGCACUGGCAAGUCCAUCGCCGUAAUCGGAAAUGGGUCGACAGGUAUCCAAGUCGUCCCUGCGAUACAUUCAGGCGCUGAGAAGCUCUACCACUUAAUCCGCACUCCUACUUGGAUCACACCACCGAGGCUGACAGCAAUCAAAAUGCUCGGUAGUCCGGCAAGUGAAAUUCUAUCCAACAUCGAGAUUGAUGAGAAAGAAGAUUUCAGCGAGAGUCAGAUGGCAAAGUUCAAAUCGGACCCGGAGUUUUACAAGAAAUUUGUUAAGACUUUCGAAAGAGAUAUCAACGGGGCAUUUCCACUGGUUCUUAAUGGAAGUCCUGUUCAGUCAUUCGCAACUCAGAAGGUAGCGCAAUACAUGACGGCUAUGCUUGGAGGCGACGAGAAGCUCUGUAAAGCCUUGAUACCAACAUUUCCUUUGGGCACCCGAAGACUUACACCUGCACCUGGCUAUUUGGAAGCGGUCCGCGCGCAAAACGUUGAAAUCGUCAGCGAGGGAAUUGCAAGAUUUGUCCCCGAAGGCAUUCAGCUGAACUCGGGAAAGGUUCUCAAGCUUGAUGCUAUUGUCUGUGCAACCGGCUUUGAUACUUCCUUCUGCCCACGAUUCCCGAUCGUCGGAAGAUACGGAAACGUUCAGGACCGUAUGACGGCCGAGACGCCAAAAGGAUACAUGUCUUGUGCCCUACCUGGAGUGCCCAACUACUUCACGUUCUUCGGACCGAAUGCCCCCAUUGGCCAUGGUAGCGUUUUUACUUUGAGUGAACAUAUCGCGAAAUACGUUACACGCAUCAUUCAAAAAUGUCAGAAAGAGGGUAUCAAGGCGAUUACACCUACCGAAGCCGCAGUCAACGACUACAGCCAGCACAUCGCGGCCUUCAUGCCGCGUACCGCCUGGAGCUCAGCAGGCCGCUCAUGGUUCAAGGGCGGCAAGGAGGAGGGAUCCGUGACCGCUCUACAUCCUGGAAGUAGAAUACACUUCUUCCAUAUGCUUGAGCAGUUUAGGGGUGAAGAUUGGGAGUAUGCUUAUGACAGCCCCUCGCACAACAGGUUCAGCUACCUUGGCAAUGGUUUCUCAGCCAAAGAGUUAGAUCCCAACUGUGAUACGACUUGGUAUCUAGAUGAGCCAACGGAUGGACUCCAAUAACUUUACAUAGACCAUGGUUUGAUGAUGUAUCAUGAGGUGUCUGGCGUAUUGGUAUCUUCUAGUUCGGCUAAGCGGUCUACAUCAUAAUUUCCACUGGUGAGCAUUUACAUUAAUACC